UCGAGCGGGUCGGGCCGUGUGGAGUCCGUCUCGACCUUCCCUCUCUGACGUCACGCGGCGACCUCCGCCGCGACCAGUGCCUUUGUUCCCAGCAUAUUUACAACUUUUCGCGCGUCUUUUAUUGCAAAUCCGUCCAGCGAGUGGAGUUGUCCUCAGCGAAUCAGCCUGCAUCCGCAACAGCAGCGCCAGGAUGCCGCGCUAGGGAGGGAUGCCUGAUGUGAGCCGCUCCGACUCCCAGCGCUCCGACGCCUCUCAGCGACCCCGCGUCUCCUUCAACAGGGACGUCCACGUGAAGCGCAUAGGCAAGCCGGGGACCCCGAGGCUGGUAGGAGCCCUCGCGGGAGACGGGGAGGGCCGCCUGGUGCCGCUGCCUGUCCGCCGGGAGCGCCCCACGCGACUGUCGCGCCGAGAGCUCGCCCGGGAGGCGGAGCGCGUGCUCCGGCAGGCCGACAGCGUGCGCUGCACCAGCUCGCCGCUGCCCGCCAAGUACAGCACCCUGCCGCCCCUGCGCGGCCGGCGCCGCCCCCGCCUGCCCGCCGCCGGCUCGCCCGCCUCCUCCCCCGAGCCGGGCCUCAAGAAGACCAGCUCCACCAGCCUCAGCGACCUGCUGCAGACGUCGUCGUCCUCGCCCGAGCGCUCGUGCGACGCGCGCACCCGCGGCUCCAAGCUCGCGAGGAGCGCCAGCGACUGCCGCGGCACCCCGGCGCCCGCCCGGCGGUCCCGGCACCGGGUCAGGAGCCCCGCGGACAAGUCCCCCUCCCCCCCGCCGCGCCGCCACAGGAAGAGUCGCAGCGACCCCGGGUCGCCGUCGCAGGUCGCGCAGACCGAGUCGGGCGGCGGGAGCAAGUCGCAGCUGUCGCCCAUCAUCGAGGCGUCGCCCCAUGACGACUACUUCGAGCAGCGCGGGCUGAGCCGGGACGCGGACAUGCGUAGCGGCAGCCGCGGCGGGACGGUGGACGCGAUGGUGAGGCGGCUGAGUCGGGACUCGAACCCGGGCCCCAGGCGGGUCGGCGGGGCGCCCGCCGGGUUGGUCGCCCCUGGCGAGGAGCGCCAGCACAACAACAACAUGCCUUUCUCGUACACGCGGCCCACGCCCGCGCGCGGCCGCGAGGGGGGGCAGGUGAUCUACGCCGAGGUGGUGGUGGGAGGGGCGGGCGGGCCCGACAAGCGCACAGUGCACACGCGGGUCCCGGCGGGCAAGCAGGUCCCGCUCGCAGGCUCCGACGAGGACGAGGGGCUGGGACUCAGCAUGGACGGCUUCAGGAGGGGCUCCGGCGACUACCUGGACCGCGACUACCCGCCCAAGACCAACGGCUACAGGAGCCAGGUGCGGGAGUUGAUCAACAACGAGCGGGAGGACGGCGGCCUGCGGAGCUCGUCCAAGGUGGUGUCCGACAUGCGCGUGGACUACGGCGGCCAGGGGCUGGGCGGCAGCGUGUUCAAGAAGGAGUACACGGUGCACGAGUCCAGCAGCUACGACAGCGGCAACUACAUCCCCGACCCGCCGGGCAGGGGCAGGGCUGACGGGAUGGACUCGUGGAAGAAGGACGCCUUGCUGGAGAGCAAUCGGUACGAAAAUGAACUCAACAGGAUGAGAGAAACCGACAGGAAACCACCGACGGUGAAUAACUUCUCGGACAGCUACUCGAGAAGUGAGAACUACGAAAAGGAAUAUAAUUUGAGUUCGAAAUUUGUAAAUAACGACGACGACCUCGAUCUCUCCUACAGAAGCGAGAGGCUAAAGAAGGAUCCUUUGAUCGAGCCUCACAUAAUCAACAGAAGUGACCUGAGCUCCCGCAGAAAUAGGCUUGAGUCCAGGAUAGAAAGCCACAGAAAAGACAGAUUGCUAAACUCGAAACUCCAGCAUAAUGAGAAGAAGGACAUAUUGUUAGAAUCGAAAGCAAACGAAACUAACAUAAAGUACCUGUCUGACUACAAGAACAGCACAGACACCGCCUUCAGUAAUCGACGCGAUUUCUUAAACUCUCAGCUGGAUUUCGAUAGCGGACGUAUAGUAAAUGAUAAAAAGUACGAAAGUGAGAACAUUGUAAGAACCAACUACUACAACGAGUCGCUGACGGAAGCAGACAGUCCCGGGAAGAAAGACCUGUUCGCCGACUCUGGGAUCGAGAUGGACUACAGGAAGGAUUCCUCCGGGACGCUCGUGAACAAGUACGGCGACACGCCUCGCGCCAAGACGGCGGUCGGCAAGUGGCAGUCGUCCAACGUGACGAGGGUGGACCUGAACGGGCCGAGCGACGACGAGGAGGCCGACGACAGCCUGCACCGCAGGCCCGGCGCCGCGAAGCUCCGCUCCAGCUACUCGAAGGAGGUGACCGGCGACUCCUUCGUGUCGGCGCGCCUCGUGAAGGAGCACAAGAGGACCGCGGAGGCGAUGCCCUCGUCGACGGUGCUGAUCCGACACUUCGCGCCCGGGCGGGGCAGCCCCGACGACCCGCAGGAGCGCAGGCGCAAGCAGGAGGACGAGGGCCCGGGGAGGGACUGGAGGGCGGAGAAGCACGCCAAGAGGGCCGACGAGCACGACUCCAAGGAGGUCGCCGCCAAGACCAAGGAGGAGCCCCCGAGGAAAGAGGAGAAGAAGAAGAAAGACCCCGCAGAGGUGAAGCCCGCCGACAAGAAGAGCGAGUCGAAGAAGGUGAAGAAGAAGCAGGUGACGGCGAUGGACAAGAUGAGGCAGCUGUUCUCCAGGGGCGACACCAAGACCCUGAAGAAGAGCAAGAAGAAGGAAGAGAAGCAGCGGGAGGAUCAGGGGAGAGGGGACCCGGAGGAGGAUCCUCUGACCACCCGCUACUCGGAGUACAAGGGCAGCGGCGCCGAGGACAGAACCACCUCGAGGGCCUCGCGACGGCUGUCUUCAGAUGCGGAGGAGCAACAGGAGCUGGGGCGGUCACGUGACAGGCUGGCCACGCCCUCCCCCGCCCCCCAGCACGCCGCCACGCUCGGUCGCCGCGACAAGAGCGGCGGCAAGGACUCCAGCUGGUUCAAGUCCCUCGACCGCACCAAGGCCAAGUCCUCCAGGACCAAGGCGGAGAGCGCGGCGGAGGAGGCGCAGCCCGGCGGCAAGAGCCUCAGGUUCUUCGGCGACUCGGACGCGGACAGCGCCUCGGCGGGCGGCAGAAGGCCCCGGAGCGGUGACCGGCUGCAGGUGCCUUCGGAGCGGGGCCCCAGGGGCCGGCAGCAGCGCAGCGCCGGCGACGUGGGCACCAGCUCGGCCGAGAGCACCACCGAGGGCGACAGCAGCCAGCAGUCGCAGAAGUCCGUGGUGUACCUGCACGCCGCCACAGUGGGGGACAUCCCGACCAGCAGCACGGUCGCGCGCCGCCAGCACCGCGCGCAGAGCCGCGAGGAGCUGUCCUCGCACCGCCUGCAGCCGCACUCGCGCACCGUGUCGCGCUCCAUCUCCGUGCUGGCGCCCUGGCGGCCGCGCCACCCCGACGACGUGGAGGUGCACUACGAGAGCGAGACGCCCAGGGGCAGCGGCAAGCCGCCCAAGGUGCCGGCGCCCCGCACCGCCACCAUGACGAAGAAGAAGGUGAGCAAGGCGGCCUCGGUGGAGUCUCUGAGCCGCCACGGCCAGGCCCCCGCCAAGCGGCGAGACCUGUCCACCUCGGUGGAGUCCCUGAGCCGCAGGCCCCAGCACGGCCGCCCCGCCGAGCCCGCCAACAGCCGCUCCUACCGCGGUGGCGCCGCCAGGAAGAUCGGCGACGGCAAGAAGAGCGGCCAGCUGGCGCGCUCCGCCUCCAUGCCCAAGGACACGCGGUCGUCCGGCUGGUUCAAGCUGCGGAGCAAGAAGCAGGCUGCGUAGGGCGGCUCACGCCCCGAGGCAGCCGCCUGGCUGGAGCCCGUCACACAUCCUCCACGCGCCAGCGUACAACUGGUGCGCGUUCUUCGCCUCUACGGGACUUUCAGCGGCGAAAUGUGGAUGAAAAAGGCUCCUCAACACACCUGUUCUACUUACAAAUCUGUGUACCAAAUUUUUCAUAGGUACCUAAAACCGCUCAUGAAACACAUUUAACAUUGUUCGCUAUCCAAAAAAAUCAUUUGGAACGAAGCUACCAUAGAGCAAUGGUUCAUAAAUGAUAUUUUAAACAGACAUCUUUAAAAAAUCUUGAUCGGUUUGUAAAUGGCAUGGGCGUGUUAACUCCUCUUCCCCCCCCCCCCCCCCCCUUUUCUCUCCAAAGCCAGGCGGCUCCUGCAAGGAACGCCCAGCGUGCAGCUUUAGUAACGGUCAACGAACCCCGCUAGUGGCCGCUGUGACUACAUCUGGGUCUCCCCGACCUCUGUCGGGCAAAGUAGGCUCUCUCUGGAGUUUUACACUAACACUUUGAGAUGAGUGCACACUUUGCUGCGGACUUGAAGAAGCAGUGUACUGGCUGAAACAUAGGUACUGGACUAAUCCUCUGUUGACUGCUUUCAAUUCAUUCAUAACGUGCUACAAAUAUCUUUAGGUUAGCCUCCCUGUGAUUUAAUCUCAAUAUAUAACGCACUUGGGCAAAAUCAUUACAAGACUAAUAAUUGAAGUGUUAACGUAAGGUUGAAAUGUUUUAAUACAGAAAAAAUUGAAUAAAUAAAAACAUGAUCUCUUCACGAGACAACUACCAUAUAAAUGACAUACUGUACUAAUCAUGUGAUGUCUUGAGCAGAAAUUUCAAGUUUGUUUAUAAAACUAACUGAUAACUGUAAAUUACAUACUCCAUGUUGUAAAUAAUUGGCAUGUGUUCAUCCAAGAUAUAAAAUUGUAACAUAACUCUUAACUGUGCUGAAUUUAGGAAUGAACAUUUAGUUUCCUCUCUGAAAUUUGUUCCUAGAACAUGAUUACUGGGAACUUAACAGCAAAUGAUUUUCCAUAAAUUGGGAACAGCUGUAAUUAUUAUGUAGAGAAACGUUGAUGUAAAUAUGUUUAAUAACUUCUAAGAGGAAAAGAAAUCAAAUUAUAAAAUGUAACCACAUCAGUUGUAUAUGUAACUUAUAUUGUAAAAAAAAAAAGCAACUAGUUUUAUAUAAUUUUGCAUAGAAGUAUUGGUCAAUGAAAUGUGAAUGACGCUGUGUAAUGAGGAAAUAGUUAAGUAGUUAUAUCGUGCCAGAGGUAUCUCGUAAUUUCUUGCUGGGAAUGUUUUAAUAGAAAUUUCCAUUAUGUUUAUAAGAGCUUCAUUAAUUGAAAUUAAGGUUAACUUUUACAAUUAUUAAGAUACAAGGUUCCAGAAUCAUGGUGCUUACUACUCGUACAAUAUUAACCUCAUCUUUUAUAACAUGAAGGUUUGCAGACCGAUGUUAGUAAUAGUAAUCAAGUCCACUUCUGGUUACAAACUGAACAUUAUAAGUAAAACCUGUGGAUUUUUUUGUAAUAAUAACUACUUAUACUUGGAGGCAACAGAGUGCCUUAAUGAAACAUUUUAAUGUGAUGAAAACCUUAAAAUGUCUUCCACUGAACUUUUGAAAUUCAUGAGAAAUAUUCUUAAGUUCUUCAGGUGAAGUCAUGUAUUUCUGUGUAGUUUAGAUUGUCAGAUUAACAUAAAAACCCAACAACUUAAAUUAAUCAAAUCUAUGUGUAAUCUAAACAUAUUUAAGAAAAUACAUCCUAGUCCAUCCCAUAUAGACAGUAUUUUCACAUUAAACAGUUCCUGCUAAAGUUACAAAAAUCUUGUUUUUCUAAAAAAUUUCAGCUGUUGAUUUUUCUUGCCAAAUGAUUAAUUUAAAAAAUAUAUUUUCAAUGAGGAAUGCAUUAAGGAUGCAUAUCACAUGACAUCUAAGUUGCUAUGCAAAUUCUACAGUGUGUGAAACCCCCAGUUAAAUGAGCCUAUAUGUAUCUGUUAGAAUACCUACUUAAGGAUGCUUACAAAUUGGACCAAAAUUCGACAAUACAAAGCAAUAGAAUUACUAAAAUUAUAUUUAGUGUAAAUAAUAUUUUUUUAUAAAAUAAAUGUGACUUACAAGUA